CACAAACCGUACCUUGCUAUGUUAGCCACCAAGGAGCUUUGCCGUUAACUAACACAUACAACUAUCAUUCACGAGCUCUGGGAAGUGACAGUUUGCGCGGGAGAAUAGCGCGAGCGCCCUCUCUGCACAGUCCGCCGCGUUUGGAUUGCUUGUUCUCAGGCCGUCUUUGAUUUGAAACGAGGCGCAGACACCUGGUUGCUUGGGGUCCAGAGCAGUAGUCGUACCACUUAGCAGAUACAGAAAAUGUUAAAGAAAUGAUAGCAGCGCAGGAUUUGCACACAGAGUUUCACUUUGCUCAAGAGGCUGACUCUCAGUUGUCUUCUGAUACUGACCUUGAGGAUCCUGAUGGCAAAAAUGCAAAGACGGGAAGGGGCAUGGCAGCCAAGAAAGGGAAGAAGGCGCCUGGAGACAAGGCCAAAGGUGGAGGAACAGGAAGGGCCGCCGGUCUUGGCCGGGUGAAUGGCCAUCAUCAGGAGAAUGGGAUGGAGAACAUGACCCUGUUCGAGGUGGUUAAAAUGGGGAAGAGUGCCACACAGUCUGUUGUUGAUGACUGGAUCGAGGCAUACAAACAAGACAGGGACCAUGCUCUCCUGGAGUUAAUCAACUUCUUCAUUCAGUGCUCUGGCUGUAAAGGUGCUGUGAGUGGAGAGAUGUUCAGAAAUAUGCAGAACUCCGAAAUCAUCCGCAAAAUGACCGAGGAGUUUGAUGAGGAUGGCGGUGACUAUCCAUUUACUAUGUCAGGACCACAGUGGAAGAAAUUCAGGAUCAACUUCUGUGACUUUAUUGCGGUACUGGUUCGUCAGUGUCAGUACAGCAUCAUCUACGACGAGUAUAUGAUGGACACAGUCAUCUCCCUGCUCACCGGCCUGUCUGACUCGCAGGUCAGGGCGUUUAGACAUACAAGCACACUGGCAGCCAUGAAGUUGAUGACGGCCUUGGUGAAUGUUGCUCUCAACCUGAGCAUCAAUAUGGACAACACGCAGAGGCAGUACGAGGCGGAGAGGAACAAGGUCCUCGCAAAGAGGGCCAACGAUCGGCUGGAAAACCUGUUACUGAAGCGUAAAGAGCUUCAAGAAAACCAAGAUGAAAUUGAAAACAUGAUGAAUGCAAUUUUCAAAGGAGUGUUUGUUCACAGAUAUCGUGAUGCCAUUGCUGAAAUCCGAGCUAUUUGUAUUGAGGAGAUUGGAGUGUGGAUGAAGUUGUAUAGUGACGCCUUCCUCAAUGACAGUUACCUGAAGUAUGUUGGCUGGACAAUGCAUGACAAGCAAGGUGAGGUGCGACUGAAGUGCCUGGGUGCCCUACAAGGCCUGUUCCACAGCCAAGAGCUCAGCGCUCGACUGGAGCUCUUCACAAGUCGCUUCAAGGACCGGAUUGUUUCUAUGACUCUGGACAAAGAAUACGAUGUUGCAGUUCAAGCCAUCAAACUUCUGACACUUGUGUUGCAGAGUAGUGAUGAGAUCCUGACAGCAGAGGACUGUGAGAGUGUGUAUCAUCUGGUUUACUCCGCACAUCGACCCAUCGCUGUUUCAGCAGGAGAAUUUCUGUUUAAGAAGCUCUUCAGCCAUCGAGGUCCUGAGGACGAGGGAUUACCCAGGAGGGGCCGGCAGAGCCUCAAUGGCAGUCUCAUCAAGACUACUGUCUUCUUCUUCUUAGAGAGCGAGCUCCAUGAACAUGGGGCCUACUUGGUGGAUAGCUUGUGGGAGUGUGGGUCAGAGCUCCUGAAGGACUGGGAGUCUAUGAUCAGCCUGCUGCUGGAUGAGCCUGCGUCAGGGGAAGAGGCCCUGACGGAUCGUCAGGAAACGGCUUUGGUGGAGAUCAUGCUCUGUGCCAUCCGGCAGGCUUGUGAAUGCCACCCUCCAGUCGGCAGAGGCUCAGGGAAAAAGGUCCUGAGUGCAAAGGAGAAGAAAACACAGCUGGAUGAUCGGACACGGAUCACCGAGAUGUUUGCGGUUGCAUUGCCUCUGUUAUUGGCAAAGUACUGCGUUGAUAUUGAUAAGGUGACCAAUUUGCUACAAAUACCAAAGUACUUUGAUCUGGACAUCUACACAACUGGCCGGUUAGAAAAGCAUUUGGAUGCCUUGUUGCGGCAAAUCUGGGAGGUCCAGGAUAAGCACACAGACGCGGAGGUCCUGGAGGCCAGCUCGACCACCUACCACUCCCUCUGCAACGAAGAGUUCACCAUCUUUAACCGCGUGGACAUCGCUCGCUCUCAGCUCCUCGAUGAGCUUGUCGACAAGUUCAAUUCACUCCUGGAGGACUUCCUGCAAGAGGGUGAAGAACCAGAUGAAGAUGAUACCUACCAGGUUCUAUCUACACUCAAGAAGAUCAGCGCUUUCCACAAUGCACAUGACCUCUCUAAGUGGGAUCUCUUCACCAGCAUUUACAAACUACUGAACACAGGUCUGCAGAACGGGGACAUGCCGGAACAGAUCGUGAUUCAUGCAAUGCAGUGCACACAUUACAUCAUCCUGUGGCAUCUCGGCAAGGUUUCAGAUGGCAGUUCAUUAAAGGGUGAUAUGGUGACCUUGAGAAAGCAAAUGAGAGCUUUUUGCUUAAUGUGUCAGCGUUACUUAAACAGCGUCAACAACGCAGUGAAAGUACAGGCCUUCACCAUACUAUGUGAUCUGCUAUUGAUCUUCAGUCACCAAAUGAUGUCUUCAGGCCGGGAACAACUGGAGCCUCUUGUCUAUACACCAGAUUCUUCUUUGCAGGCAGAGCUGCUCAACUUCAUUCUGGAUCAAGUGUUCAUUGAUCAGGAUGAGGACAACAACAGCACAGACGGACAGCAGGAUGAUGAAGCCAGUAAAAUUGAGGCUCUGCACAAGCGAAGAAACCUGUUAGCUGCCUAUUGCAAAUUAAUCAUUUACAAUGUGGUGGAAAUGAACACCGGAGCAGAUGUAUUCAAACAGUAUAUGAGGUAUUACAAUGACUAUGGAGAUAUCAUCAAGGAAACGUUGAGUAAAACGAGACAGAUUGACAAAGUACAAUGUGCAAAGACACUCGUCUUGAGCCUGCAAAUGCUAUUCAAUGAGAUGCUGUCUGAACUUGGCUUUAAUGUCGACCGCUCAACGUCAGCCUUCUGUGGCAUUAAAGAGCUUUCCCGACGCUUCUCAUUGACUUUUGGCUUGGAUCAGAUAAAGACCAGGGAUGCUAUUGCCAUGUUACAUAAGGAUGGGAUUGAGUUUGCUUUUAAGGAGCCUAGUCCCCAAGGACAGGGGAGUCCACCUCUCAAUCUAGCCUUUUUAGAUAUCCUGAGCGAGUUCUCCAGCAAACUAAUUCAUCAGGACAGGAGAACAGUUCACAAGUACCUGGAGCGAUUCAUGACGGUUCAGAUGGCGCUGCAGCGAGACGACUGCUGGCUGCCUCUCAUCUCAUACAGGAACUCCCUGCAGGUGGGAGGGGACGAUGACACCAUGUCUGUCAUUAGUGGGAUCAGCAGUCGAGGUUCCACCAGGAGUAAGAAAUCAAAGUCAUCCACUGCAAGCAAAAGGAGAUUACCUGAUGUAGAAGAGAACAGCUGCAGCAGCAGUGAUGCAGUUUGGAUGAACCGCGAGCAGAACGUGCAGACGCCAGUCAUGAUGCAUUCGCCCCACCUCAGCUCUACUGUACUGAGUGAUCCAAAGAAGAUGAGGCCAGAGGACAGCUACACUGCCGCAUUCACCAUGCCAACAGAGCAGCUGCCCCAUCAGCCUGUGCCUCUCCAGCAGCAGCCGCACCAUCACCACCAGACUGCCAUUGAUUACAAUACCCAGGUUACUUGGAUGUUGACAGAGAGACAACAAGCAGAGGCCCAUCAGCAGCAAGAGCGAGUUAGCAUGCACUAUGUCAAGAUGAGGAACCACAUGCAGCAGGAAAUUCGUCGAGGCUCAGGACUCAUGGAGGAUGAUGAGGAGCCAAUAGUGGAGGAUGUGAUGAUGUCAUCGGAGGACCGCUUGGAGGACAUCAAUGAGGGCAUGGAUUUCGAAACAAUGGACAUUGAUUUGCCAGCAUCAAAGAAUCGCAGAGAAAGAUCUGAACUAAAGCCGGACUACUUUGAUCCAUCUUCCAUCAUGGAUGAUUCAGUUCUCAAUGUUUCCAUGUUCUAAAACAAAUUGCAUCAAGGAAAAUGUUGUCAGAAUCAUUGGAGGAUAAAAAUGGACUGUGGAAAUCAGAAUGGAGAGAAAUGGACUGCUAUAAAUGAUUUGUGAGACACCAAUGUUUGCCUCUUUAACACUUUGUUAAAACUCAAGUGAGAGCUUGAUUUUAAUUUGAUUCUGAUAUUUUCACACACAGGUCUUUUGUCACACUGCAGCAGAAAUGUUUAUGUUUUUGUUCAGUUACCCCGAAACCGACUUGGUGUUAUCUUAUCUCACUAAGGUGAAGCAGUCUGACAUUGUGUGGCAGGUGCAUGGUGAGGGAACAAUAGCAGACUCAAAUUCAAAUUAAUAAUAUUUACACAUACACCAAUCUUGUUCAUUCAGUAGACAAAGAAAUGUCGGAUGUAAAUACAUAAUGGCCAAUAUACAGGAGUGGUGAAUACGAUUUUAUGGGCACAAGCUGAACAAAAUAUAAUAACCCUGCAAAAAUAAUACUACCUUUGUGAUGCUUGUUGCGUUCAGUUGUUGAGUACUAUAAUGACCCUGCACUUUGUUACGGAGGUAUUGAUUCAAGUCUAUGGUCAUUUUACAGCCAUAUUUUUUUUUAAAUGAUCAUAGGCUCCAAUCAAUGCCUUUGACACAAACUAAACAUACAUUGAACAUCAUAAGCUUUAUAAAUACAGCAUUCAUUGCAGGGCUAUUUAAUUGGACUGCGAUACAUUGUAAAGGUGUCGGUGAUAUUGUGUUUACCGCCAGUAUUUCUAAACGGUAGACUUUGGCAUGGCAUGUAGCCAUAUAUGAAAACAUGUACACAGUAAGGUAUAAUGUAAACUGGCGUCUCAUACUGUUCAAAGGCCUUGCCAGAAAAUGAUAUACGACAUUCUCAGAUUUCUUUGUGAUGGUAUUUUUUUGAAAUGUAUGUGUCCUGCUUUUAUACUUUAUAGAUGACUUUGAUUUAUAGAUAUUUUGUAAUGACAAUCAAGUGUAAAUGAAUGGUUUAUAAUCAUGUUACUUCACAUAGUUGCUGAAAUAAUACUUUUUAAUGAAAACUAUUAUGUUAGUGUAGAUAUGGCCAGAUGUUUGUAAUUUUCUUUUGAUCUCUAUAACAAAUGGGUGCAAAGAUAAUGCAUCGCUCAAUUUAAUAAUUUGACAAAUUGAUGGCUGCAUAUAAAACUAUUUUUUAAUAUUGGGAGCAUUCAGUCAUAGAUACAUUCUGACUCGAUCUUAAACAUGUAAUCUCUCCUAUAUCUUGAAUAUUUUUGUUCUACUGUAAAGUAUCUAAUAAUAUCUGGUAACAAAGACACGCCAUUGUUGCAAUAUUUAAAAGAGAUUUUUAAAUGGUUGCAAAUGGUGUGUAUUGUUUUUUUUCUUUCAUUUGGCCAGUGUGCAGGGGAUUCUUUCAAAAAGCCAAUUUGAUGAGCCACUGUUGCGUGUAUAAGAGUUAGAGAUAUUCCAAAUUACAAAGUUUUAGAAUUCUUUAGUCAACAAUCAUAGUAUCAGAAUUGUAUAUUAUACAAUUACAGAUGUGUAAUAUAUUGUGAAUCUGUGAUCAUUUAAUAUUUGCAGUUUCCGUUUGCUUGAAAUUUAGGGAAAGCUUAAGUAGAAUGUAACUUGUUUUAAGUUAACCUACUACUUUUCAAGUAUACACAUAGAUGAUUUGGUAUUGUUUGUCUUUCAAUGGAUUGCUGUGAUAUGUCUUUACCUAUGUGUAUUGGCCUGGUUGGCAGAUUCCGAUUUUAUGGGAAAUGGUGUAGUCAUAUUGUAGUUAAAUACAAAUCCCUUAUUUCCUCAGAUUCUCACUAUAAUGUGGUGAAAGCAAUCAUAUAGUUUUAAACAUGACCAUACACACACUGACUAUUCAAUUAGGCAGGUGAGAAACAUGCAUCUUAGAAUUGCCAGUAAAUUUAACCUAUAAUUUUGGAUCUUUUCUGUUUUGCAUUGAACUGCUGAACAUGUGCAUAUGUUAAGACAUAUUUAAAUAUUUGUGUGUAUUAAAUUUUCGUUUUUACUCUA